GACCUAUCUUUUAAGUUGAUGUGUUUUAUCUUUCCAUAUAAUUAUCCUUGUGCAAGAUUAUUUUAAUAGCUUGAGUCCUGUUAUAGGUUCCUAUGAUUUGUUUAACAAACCUUUCCGACUAUAUAUAGGGCAACUUUACAAUAGUUGAUGCUUCCCAAAGAUAAUAUUUCGAAGUGAUGGUGAAUAAAUUGAACAACAAGUAGCAUCCUCAUCCAGGGAUAGUUUGAGUAAGCUUAACAAUGAGGGUGUGAGCCUGCUCUCUAAUAUUUAUUGUUCAAUCAAAAUCACGGUGUAUCAUAGCCCAGUAGUGAUAUACUAGAAGCAGUUUCACAGAAGUCUGAAUCGAUCUCCUAUGCCUUCCUUGUGGUUAGGGUGUUGUUGCAAAGGGUUCAAAUUACUCCAGUGACAGUUCUCAACUUUGUUGUCAUUUUAGUGGCAAAUUGUUGAUGGCCCUUUUGGGUCUUGGUGUUUCUUGGAAAAAAAGAGAUACUGCAAAUUCCUUUGGUGUAAGCUCCCACGUAUGCGGCCUUUCACUUGUGCCUUAUUUAUCCAUGUUAUUUAUGAGCAACACUAGACUGAAUCAAUGAGAGCGAGCGAUUUCCUUUACGCCUCCUUUUGAUGUAUGUCUACAGUAGGGUGUAUGGAAACAAUGUGCUGGGAUAUUUUUUUUCGGGCUUUUCAUGGGUACCUUUCUUUAGCUACGUUGGAGUUAUUGGAAACCCAAUAGGAUCGUAUCACUUCACAUCUCUUGUGCGCUUUGUUGAGAAUACGCCAUUUAUAACGUGGAUUUAUUUCGAACACACACUUUUGUCUACCGAUGAGGUUCAAACCGUUGCCGCAUAUUGUUAUGAAACACAUUUGAGAAACCAAGUCUAUUCGCAUGAAAAGCAGAAACGCUUCCACUCUGUCAGGGGAUUGAACAGAUAAAAAAUGAAUAUUCAUGGGUGCUCGCGUUGUGCAAGUUGGUUCUUGUUUGUCAAAAUUAGUAGAUCAAUCCUAAAGAGGCACUAUGACACACGGAUCGAAUGAUCAUCUUAUGCAUGGUAUCAUCUUGUAAGGCUGCUCGUCAUACAUUAGAAUGGCGUUUACAAUGGAAAAGAAACGUGCAAAAGAAAAGGAGAGUUUGAGUGCUUCCGAAGCACCUCCUUGGUCUGGUGAUUAAUCAUCGUCGUUGGAGUUCCUCGAUGUCAAUGGAAGUGUUAUGUUAUUUCAAGUGCAAAAUCCUCUAAAUUCUCAAAAGGGAUAAAGUAAAAUAUUCCUUUAUCGUGUACUAUUAUGAUCAAUGAGGAUCGACUGAAAUUCUGCUAUUUUUUUGCUAUUUCAUAUAAUUUAGUUUACUUCUUUAGGCUUUGUGCUCAGAAAUUCAUCAAAUUGGCGAGAUGAUGGGGCGGACGGAAUCCAUACAUAUAGAAAAGAACCUAUGGCUGCUUCCCUUUUCUUGUGAGCGUUCCUCUUUUAUAUUAGGUAUGGACGGAAGACUAAA